AUGGCUAAGAAGGAAAAGGUCUCUAAGAGCGGCGCUGCCGAAGAAGAAGACAACUACGAAAAGAGAAUGUCGGCUGUCUUGUCAUUUGCCAAGCCACUUGCUCCAAAGAAGUUGAACAAGAAGGUUUUGAAGACCGUCAAGAAGGCCUCCAAGGCCAAGCACGUCAAGAGAGGGGUUAAGGAAGUUGUCAAGGCCUUGAGAAAGGGUGAAAAGGGUUUGGUUAUCAUUGCCGGGGACAUUUCUCCUCCAGAUGUCAUUUCCCACAUCCCAGUCUUGUGUGAAGAUUCCUCUGUUCCAUACGUUUUCAUUCCAUCCAAGGAAGACUUGGGCUCUGCUGGUGCCACCAAGAGACCAACCUCCUGUGUGAUGAUCGUCCCAGGUGGUGGAAAGUCCAAGAAGAACGCCGACAAGACCGAUGAAUACAGAGAAUCCUUCGACGAAGUUGUCAAGGAAAUCCCUGCUUUGUAG